GAACGGCUAUCUCCGGCCAUCCUCCCUCCAACAACUUCUUCUCUUUCCCUCUUCUUUUUCACACACUUCAUUUCACCGCUCGUCUUCAUCGUAGCAUCACAUCUCCUCCUUCGUGGCGGCGGAUCCGAUUGAUUUUCAUCUCCUGACCAUCAAAUCGGCCAAGUGGGAACCUCCUCGAGGAUCCAUCCCGGAUUGGUGGGGUUCUCUGACGACACCCGCGUUCACUGAUUGAUUCUCUCGCUGUCUCCCAAUCUCCCUCCCCCCUCCUCCGCCGCCUAACCUCUUCCUUCUAUCUUUAUCUUUAUCUGUCUGGGAUUCUCUUUAUUGUCACCAUCCCAUUCCACCCCUUGUGCCUUAUUUGGACGUAUCCCCCGUCUCUCUCUCUCUCUCUCUCUCUCUCUCAAAAUGAAUCCUCAUCAGCAAAAUAAGGUUGACAUUAGCUCGUUGAAUCCCGAUGAGCAGCGGCUUCUACGCUUGUAUGGCAAAAUGCCCAACAAAAAAGACGUUUUGCAGAACAAGCUUAAGGAGCGGAAAUAUUUCGAUUCCGGUGACUAUGCCCUGAGCAAGGCUGGCAAAGCUUCUGAUGUUGGUGUCACCAACAUUGGCUCUCAGCACCCUGUGCCUGAGAAUAUCCCUCACUUGACCGCCACGUCGCCCGGGGCCAACAACCCCGCCGCCGCCAGCAAUGGCACCAGCACGAGCUCCCAAGGGCAGCAGAUUCCCGGCAGUUUCAGUGCUCAUCCAGGCUCCGUUGGAUUCCAGAGUCGAAGUCCUGUGAAGGAGGGCAGCUACCUACAACGGGAAACCAGUGCAGAGGAGUCCGACCCUACCCUGACCAAGGACGAAGAUGCAAAGGACCUCAGUGUGAGCCCUCCUCCUACCCAAGGUGGUGUUCCAAUUCGACAAUAAUUGUGGUCCCUGGCUAUUAGCUUGUUUCGCUUUGCUUUCUCUUUUGUUUUUCUUUUUCUUCCUAUGUUUUUACGUCACGCACCCUCCGGUGGUCGGUGGUAUCAAAAGAGCCUGGCGCUAUGGAUUCAUGUUCUUUUAUGUAUUCACGAAACUUUACCAUGAUCUGUUUUCUUUCGGCGGACGGAGUAUAAUUCGACAUGGCGAGAAGUCCCAAAUUGACAUAGGGACUGUCUAUCUUCGACUUCAUGCCUGUCCUCCACCCUUUGUUUUUCUUCCUUUUCUUUUUCAAUUCUCUGUUUAUAUGCAGAUCGUAUAUUUGUUCCUUCUUACGCCGAUAUUCCACAACCUUCUCCCCCCCCCCCACCCUUUCAAAAGGUUUCCUUCAGAUCAUUGGAAUCCAU